GAACAAUCAACUUGGACCUUGCUUGCCAAUGGCCAUGCCGAUGGCCGCUGUUUCUGGUACCUUCUACGCUCUCUCCGCACAGCAGGUGUCUCUUGCAUGAAAUAACCGGACCCGAGUAGGGCCCUCAUGCCAAUCCAGAAGCAGCUCUCAGACUUUUUUACCAGCCCCUCCUUGCCGGCCCAAGAAUAUCUGUACUCGGACGAUGAGUUUCCCACAGAUCCGGCUGAAGUGGAUUUGACGCAGGAUUGCGAUGAGCUGGAAGAUGAGCUCACCGAGAUGAACACCCAACCCGCCCCUAACACGCAGGCAUCGCAAACACGGCUUCUUGCCAAUCGCGACAUGCUGGGUCGUCGUUAUGCCAGGUAUCAGUUGUCCGUAUAUUCCGGCAAGGUGCAGUCUCGGUAUGAUGCCAAAUGGGACCCCAAGUCGACUGAUGAUGAGCUCAAGGCCGCCCUGCUGCGUUGCUUGCGGAAGAUCCCGGACGCCAUUUGGAGGAGCUCUUCCAGGGCGAACGUUCGAGCAAGCAAAGAGAAGUCGCAUUUGCAGAUGUGUCUGGGGCUCGUGAAGACUGCGUCCUGGCGUGGAGUGCCCAUGCCCUCGAAGAAGACCUUCGAAUUUCUGGAGCUCACGAAGUUGAUCCUGGAAUUGAUGCGCCGCCUGGCGAAGAAGCGAUCUUUGGCUUUGGCAGGCAGCAGUAUCCAGAUCAACAAGAAUCAUCAGAGCGCGCCCCACGUUGAUGGCAACAACUCGGGACCAAGUUUUAUGCUUGGCCAGGGAUGCUGGACAGGUGGGCAAUUGUUUGUUGAAGACAGCUCUGGGGAUUUUGUGAUUGAACUCCCUGCAGACGUGAAGAAGAUCGGAAAGCCUGGCCAGAAAGUGGUCGGAAGCUUGCUGAAUAUACGGGAUGACACGAUUGUUGAAUUUGACGGCACCAGAAUACAUGCCACAUUUCCAUUCCAAGGCGAGCGAUAUUCAAUGAUUAUGUUUACCAUGGGAACAGAAUCAUACCAUGAGACUCCGGAUGAGGUGCGGGUCUUCCUUUCGACCUUAGGCUUUCCAUUGACGAAUGACACGCCGCCGAUCAGCAAGGAGCGUGAGAUGCUUAUUUGCCAUGCGGCCACUGGCCAGCCGGUUCACGAUCAGCCGGGCCGACAUAUACCCCCUGGCAGUGGUGCGAAGCGUGCGAAGCGUGCACGAUCAAACAAAGGACGGCGAUCUGAAGGAGAUACGGAUAGCACAAAUGCUCGGCCAGCUCAGAAGCGAAGGGAAGGGUCCAAGGGAGUCAGAGGCGAGAGCUCCGGUUUCGCCAAUGAUGUCAGCCAGCCGCAUGGAACCGUCUGGACUCCCUGGACCCAGGCUGACGUGGAGAAACUCCAAGAACUGGCUGGAGCCAAGCGCCCCUUGCGCUUCAAGGCCGUCGCUGCGAAAAUGGGGAAGACGGAGCAGGAGGUGAGGCAGCAUUGGCUGGAGAUGAACAAGCAACAAUUAAGGAAGUCAUUUAGUGCAAGCUUUCGCAACUAGUUAGUUGCCGGAAAGUACACUGGUUGCGAUAAUUCGCCGCUUGUGACCGCGUGCAAGAUGUGGAAGCAUGAGCCAUUCCAGGAUGGCACGAUUAUCCCGGUUCUGCAAUUGCAGAAGGCUCUGGCGGGUGUGGAAAGUGUGUCUUUGCGC